AUGGUGAAAACAAUCGAGUCUGGAUAUGUGAAGGCUGACAGCAACAAUUUACCAAAAAUUGAUAUGUUUAUGGUUUGCGAAUACAUCAAACAAGAUGACAGAUUCAAUGCUGCCGAAGUCAGAGGUUCUAAAAACGCACAAUCUUCACGCGAAACCUAUGGAGACAACGCAGUAGGGUAUGUUCGGCUCAUAAGGAACAACAAUCAGUGCAUAAUAAAAGCGGAUAUCUGUCCUGAACAUAAGGUCCGACAGAAAUUAUAUAGUGUUACAAUCAUUGUAAAUGAAGAAGAUGAGUCUGUGCAAAGCAUUGAGUGCCAUGAAUGUGCUGCAUCGAGUGGAGGAUGUAAGCAUGCGGUUGCAUUUUUAAUGUGGAUUCAUCGUCGGACUGAAAAUCCAUCACCUACAGAAGUGUCAUGUUAUUGGCGAAAACCUCGGCUUUCCAAAGAUGUGCUAAAAAUAGCUGAAGAAAAGCAGUUGGAUCCAGCAAAAACGGAAAUGCCAAUAGAGUACUGCUGUGAAGUUGAAAAGGCAACAAGAGACCAAAGUAACUGCAGUUUAUGGUAUGAACUGAGGUACGGUAGGAUCACAGCGUCAAAGAUUUAUGAAGCUGCCCAUUGUCAAACAUCGAAUGGUUCUUACGUCUAA